AUGACCGAGGCGUACUCCGAGGAGAAACUCGAUGACGAGGGGCUGCAGACACUGGUCGUGGAGGCUGAACGUAUGGUGAACUCGAGGCCUCUGACGUAUCUGCCGCUAGAGUCUGAGGAGUCGGAGGCACUUACACCGAAUCACUUUUUGGUGUUGAGCUCAAGCGGGGUGAUACAACGAAGAGAUCAACGAAGCAACGAUACAGUCUGGGUUCAGCCAAGUGAACUAGUCCGCCGAGAAAUCCUGGGGAGAUCCUGGGAACUAAUCCAGCGUCAGCUGGAUGUUUUCUGGAGACGUUGGUUGGUCGAAUACUUGCCGGAGAUCCGCCGACAGCCGAAGUGGUUCGACGAAACUCGUUCGCUAGAACCAGGAGAUCUGGUGAUGGUCGCAGAACCGACGAAGCGAAACGGAUGGGAACGAGGACGAAUCAUUCGCAUGAUCUCGAAUCCGGAUGGUCGACAUCGUCAGGCCGUCGUACAGAUUGGACAAAAGAGCGUGGUGCGGCCGGUCUCAAGGUUAGCGCUGCUUGACCUCAAGGAUCAUCGUGAGACUCCGGAGAACUUCGGACCACACCCGGGGGAGACUGUUAACGCAGAAGCCGUCAAGCUGGCAACCUUGCCCAACACCGAAUCUGAAGGGCACUCGUCAGCUGUCAAAGCGCCACGUCAGCUGCCGAAGCGCCGCGUCGACGCUGGUGGAAUGACAUCGCUCGUUUGA